GCCGCUCAGAUUUGCAGGCGAUGAUCCGUAGCCGUGUUCUCGAGUGCUGAGAGCCUCUCUUCAGUGUCUCCUCCGCGAGUGACAUGAGCAGCUACUUUGUUCCUCCUCUCAACUAUGGCAUGGUGGAGUACGAUCUCACAAGAUCAGGUGUUGUUCAUCAGCUCAAUUUUCCUUUUCUAGAGCGCCUCAACUUGCGCACUGUGCUCUAUCUCUCACAGGACGAACCAUCGCAGCAAUUCUUGAGCUUUCUCGACGAACAAGGCAUACAUUUUCGAAGGACUCAUCAAAGCAGCAGCACGACAGCGGCUGAAACGACGGGAUCGCUGUCCGAAGCUCAGGUACUGUCUGCAUUGGAGGUGAUACUGCGUCCGGAGAAUUAUCCUUUGCAUGUUAUGUGCAAGCAGGGACGCAACACCACCGGAACUGUAAUAGGCUGUCUUAGAAAGCUCCAGAGAUGGAACUUGACGUCGAUAUUUGAAGAGCACCGCAGGUACACAACCAGCAAAGUACGGAUCCUUAAUGAACAGGUGCAACAAAUCUCUUGAUGCAGUUCAUUGAGAUGUUCGACGCUAACUCAGUGACCAUUCCUCCAAAUCAUCCCGACUGGCUAUGAAGGAAGAAACCAGACGAUUCUUUUUUCAACUCCAAAAACAUUUAGAAAAAGGUCAAUUGAAAACAAAAGUAAAGACUAUUGUGAUGGCUCCAUUCAUUUAGCUUGGAGAAAAAUGGUAUAAUAAAGUUAUCUUAGCUGUGA